GGUCAUGUGACAUCAAGGUAAACAUAUAAAUUACAAGCUAGCUGAAAGUUCAGUAAAGUAUGGAGUAUGUUGUGUCCCUGUUGUGUGUAGCUGCAGCCACUCUCGUGAUUGCAGUGCUCCUUCUAAAGCUCCCACCAGCGCUCUAUGGCUAUUACAUACAGUGCAAUGCAGUGAGGGCGCUGCCUGGAUGGCCAACACACUGGCUAUGGGGAAACCUACAUCAAAUCAAUCUGGAUGAAGAAACUACCAAGAAAUGGACUAACUUCAUAUUUCAGAACAAGCACAAGUUGACUAGGAGUUGGCUGGGCCCAUUCUUUCCGAUGGUUGCUAUUCAGCAUUGCUCUCUUGUCGGUCCUGUGCUCAAGGCCUCCAAGGAUAGUGAGGUGUAUGGUCUCAUCAAGCCAUGGCUAGGGGAUGGACUUCUCAUCUCUGGAGGGAGCAAAUGGUUCAGGAAUCGUCGCCUCCUCACUCCAGCUUUCCAUUACGAUAUCCUCAAAGGCUAUGUGGGUAUCUACAACGACUGUACAGAGGUACUAUUGGACAAGUGGAGUGUUUCACCGGCUGAAGGUGGUCAGUCGGUGAAGCUCUUCGAUUCAAUCGGGCUGCUCUCACUGGACGUGAUAAUGCAAUGUGCGUUUAGCUUUCAGAGUAACUGUCAAACUGCCACCACUGCUCACCCGUACAUUAGAACAGUACAAGACCUUGUUGAACUGACUGCAACACGAUUCACAUCACCACUCAAGAGGAUUGAUAUACUGUACUACCUCACGUCUGAGGGGAGACAAUUCCGUGAUGCCUGCAACAAAGCUCAUCAAUACUCUGAGGGGGUUAUAAAGGAAAGAAAGGAGUUUCUGGGCCUUGAUUCAGGAGAGAAAGUGUUGAAACGAGAAGAACUGUUAGCUAAAACACGACAAAAGAGACAUUUAGAUUUUCUCGACAUUCUACUCACUGCUGAAGAUGAGACUGGAGAGGGACUGACUGACCUCGAGAUUAGAGAUGAAGUAGACACGUUCAUGUUUGAAGGCCAUGACACGACGACCAGUGGAAUGUGCUGGACCCUGUACUGUCUAGCAAAGCAUCCUGAGGCACAGGAGAAAGUGCGUGAGGAGGUGAGGAGUGUGCUUCAGGGACGAGACACCCUCGACUAUGAUGAUCUUAAAGAGCUCAAGUACACUCAGUGGGCCAUCAAGGAGGCCAUGAGACUCUACCCUCCUGUCUUCUUUAUAUUCCGCCAAUCUGAUGGAAACCUUGUUCUGGAUGGCCACGAGAUUCCUAAAGGUAUGACUGUUGGCCUGUCCAUACGACAGAUCCAUCGCCACCCGGACACUUGGGAUAAUCCUGAUGAGUAUGACCCUCUUCGUUUCCAUCCCAGCAACUGCGAGGGUCGUGACCCCUAUGCCUACAUUCCAUUCUCUGGUGGUCAGCGAAACUGCAUUGGACAGAACUUUGCUCUGAAUGAAGAGAGGAUUGUGACUGCCUCCAUUGUAAAUAGAUUCAAGUUAUCGCUAGUACAAGGACACAAAGUUGAGACUGUUCCUAAAGUUGUGUUACGAAGCAAGAAUGAUAUUUUAGUGAACAUUGAGUCUGCAUUGUAAUGUGUGAUGUAUUCCAUUCUUCUAGCUCUAGAGUUUAUAUUAUAUUUUUGUUGGAACACUGAAAAUUUGAUUCUUAUUCUUAUAAA